AUGUCUGAUGCUGGAGAAGCCAUGGAUGUUGAUCAACCAUCAACAUCAACAAUCCCUACAACAAAACAAGGAAUCCCAAUAGCCAAAUCUAUAGAAGGUUAUGUUAUAAUCGUUCAAAAUGUUCAUGAAGAAGCAACAGAAGAAGAUGUUCAAGAAUUUUUUGAAGAAUUUGGCCCAGUGAAGAAUAUUCAUUUAAACCUUGAUAGACAAACUGGUUAUGUUAAAGGUUAUGCAUUGAUUGAAUAUACUGAGUUACAAAAUGCUAUAAGGGCAGUACAAGAAGGUGAUGGUGAAGAACUUUUGGGUCAUAUAUUGAGUAUUGAUUAUGCUUUUGUUCAUUCUGAUUUGGAGUUGAAACGUGGGAAAAGGGAUAAAGAUGAAGAGAAAGUUAGAGAUAAAAGUCCUGAACGUUCAUGA